UUGCCUUUCUGGAAGACAAGUGUUUUUUGGCGCCAGAGGAAAAUGGCGUUCUGCCGUACAGUGGCAGGAAGUUACAGAUUUCCGUGGUGUCGCCACUUGCGUGGCUCCCGUACAGUGGACAACACUUUGUUGUACUUGUCUGCUGCUGCCCUCGCAACUUUUAGUGACUGGAAGUCCAAUCGUCGGUCUUCCUGUGAGGGAGCAGUGAACAGCACCACUAGCAUCAUCAAGUUUCGCGUCGACAAUGAUCGACCAGGUCUUUUGAGUGAGGCCACAGAGAUCCUCAAGAAGCAGCAGUUGGACAUCCGGGAUGCGCGGAUAUCGACAGAGGAUUCCAGAGCUGUACACUUCUAUGUGGUCCAAGACAAGAUGUCCAAUUCUGGGCUCUCAGAGGAUCGCCUUGCACAGGUUCGCGCGGCGUUGCAGCAGUUGGCCCAAGGCGACUGCCAGGCGGAGCCUUGGCCGCUCUAUUCCUCCAGCGAGGUGGCAAAACACAAAACGGCGGAAAAGGGUAUUUGGGUGAGCUACAAGGAGGGUGUCUAUGACAUUACCAAGUUCAUCGAAAAUCAUCCUGGCGGCAAGGACAAGAUCAUGCUCGCAGCUGGCAAAGCGAUUGAUCCCUUUUGGCGGAUUUACCAGCAGCACACUGGCAGAGGGAACGCCGUGGAACUAUUGGAAAGCAUGCGGAUUGGCGACUUGUCUGAUCCACCUCCGGCAGAUGACGGGACUUGUUCUUGCCCUUACAACAAGGACCCUGAUCGUCACCCUGCGUUGAUUUUCCACAACAACAAGCCUUGCAAUGCCGAACUUCCAGCAGAACUGAUGGUGGACUCUUGGCUAACACCGAACUCUGUGUGGUUCAUCCGUCAUCAUCACCCCGUGCCGGUCAUUGAUCCGGAACAGUGGCGCUUGUCAGUGGGUGGCAUCGGGACCAAAUGCGUCACUUUGUCCCUGGAAGAUUUAAAAAGCCGGUUCCUGAAGCGGGAAGUUGUAGCAACCCUUCAGUGUGGCGGCAAUCGGCGAUCCGAACUCGACCAGAUUGAAAAGACCUCUGGCAUUCCGUGGGGCUUCGGAGCGAUGUCCACCGCCAGAUUUGGUGGAGUGUAUUUGCGUGAAGUUUUGCAGCAUUGCGCGGGCUUGAGCCACGAAAACGUGGAAGCUUUCGAGGUGCAACAUGUGAUUUUCAAGUCUCUGGAUGGGAUGGAGGCCAGCAUUCCAGUGGAAAAGGCUUUGAGCCCAUACGGCGACGUUCUUUUGGCGUACGAGAUGAACGGUGAGACUUUGAACAUGGAGCAUGGGGCUCCUGUGCGUGCCAUCGUUCCGGGUGUGGUGGGCGUCCGAAAUGUCAAAUGGCUUGGUGAGAUCAUCGCUUCCAGGGAAGAAGCUCGCGGCCCUUGGCAACGAGGCAUCGCCUACAAAGGGUUCUCGCCUAUGGUCAAGGACCUUAAAGGCAUCGACAUAGAAAAGAUCCCAUCAAUGCAAGAUUUGCCGAUCCAAUCUGCCAUUGUCACUCCCAAAGCUGGCAGCACAGUGGAAUUGGAUGACGUCGAGGUGAAGGGUUUUGCUUGGAGUGGAGGAGGUCGAGGCAUAGUGCGCGUAGAUGUUUCCAUUGACGAGGGCAACACAUGGGUCACAGCUGACCUACUGGAUGGUAAGGACCAGCCAUACAACCGAGCGUGGGCCUGGACUUUUUGGGAAGCUUCUGUGACCAGUCAAAAAACAUGGAACAUCUCAGGAGUUCGUCAACUGGCAAAGUCACAGUGCUGCCACUGUAUGUGUUUUUUUGCUGGACUUAUUAGAUACUAGCAGAGUGGUUGCCGC